AAAACGCUGGAGCAUCCUCGUGAUGUGGCUUCUCCGAUGUAGCCCCUUCAUGGGCCUUGGCCUCUUGGCGCUUUCCGUUGAUGCUACAUCGUACGUUCGCGUCGACGACGAAGUUCGUGUCGAGAGAGCGGCCAUCGCGUCUGUUCUUGAAGCCACAACAACAACGUCGUCAACGGCACAGCCGCUGCCUGCAUUUACAGCUGGCCAGCAAUCUCAAGCCAUCGCACUCAGUCGCAACGUGAUGACGUCGCUGCAAAAACUCCGGGGCGGCACCCCUGCGUUCUAUCAAAAGUUGUACGCUGCACUACAAGUGUACUACUGCGACCACUUGAACAGCCAGCAUCCCCACAUGCCGUCGGACGAGCUCAAUGCGGUGUGGCCGGUCCAAGCAGCCCACAGCGCCCCCGUGCCGCCGUAUAUCCGCCUCGUGCACAAUGGCCACCCCAAUGCGCUCAAAGAUCCUGCCACAGGGGCGUGCAUUCCUUCUCCGUAUCCGUCGCCAAGCGUUGCCGCGCAGUAUGCCAACGGGUAUUGCGAAGUCAUGGCCAAUUGUUAUUGGAACGACAUCGUGAGGAAUGCCACCACGGACCGAUCUCCGACGUACUCGAUCUUGCAAGCCACGGCGCCCACUGACACCCUGCCGUCGUUGGUCUUGGCCAAAGCCACGUUGAUGGACUGGGCGAAAAGCGUGUCGAUUUGUGUCGCCCCGGCGAUCGUGCUCGGGGUGCUCUGUCUCCUAACGACGCUGCUGUUUCUGUGCUGUCGGUGCUGCUGCAACAAGUGCGGCGGUCGCAGCGCCAGUCCCCGCGGCUACUCUUGCAUGCAAAAGACCGUGCCCGUGGUAGUCUUUGCUGUCUUUGGGGGGGUUAUCAUUGGCCUGACCUUGUGCGCGCUCUUGUACAACAACGUGAUUGUCGACAGCAUCGACCGCCUCUUUGGCGACGUACUGGGGCUUGUUCAAGGCAUUGUGGCGUGGAUUCACUCGGCUGAAACGCCCCUCGUCCACGUGCGCGACAGCGUCGAGGGGUCGGUGUCGGCCAUUUCGUCGCAGCUUGUGUCGUCGGGUUUCAUUGAAAACGGGCUGCACGGCAUCGUGGCCCAGCUUCAACAGUUCGCACACGACACGGCAGAUGUGGUCCUGCCCCACGGAUGUGUGGAGGGGGUCGAUGUCAUCUGCAUACCCUGUGAAGUGUGCAGCGAAGUGAAUGUCCAAGCGUCCAAUGCAGCCAACCAAAUGGACGCCGCGGCGGCAGACGGCAUCUCCCAGCUGCAAUCCACACGGGAUACCAUUGUGCGAACGCUCGUGGAUACGAAGGACUCGAUCAAGAGCACGGUAGAUGCUGGCGUGAACGCUGUCAACGGGUUCACACCGCUGUUUCUGGACGCCAACACCACCAUUCGGAAUGUGCAAGUGACGUGGCAAGAGCAAACGGUCACGCGACGAGGUGCAAUUCUCGCCUUGUUUGCCGUGGCCAUUGCGAUCCUCGUGCUGGGCGCUGUUGGCAUCGUGUUGGGCUUAACGCCGCUGCGGUGUCUGGCCAUCGGACUCCACGUUGCGUAUAUCCUUGGCUUUGUGGCACUUGUGUUCCUUUUCGUCGUGUCGGCCUUGUUCCUGGCGUUCAGCGUGCUCCUUGGCGACGCGUGCCAGCUGUCGUCCAUCGUCGCCAGCGACUGGUCGCCUGUGCUUGGCGCGAGUAACGGCGUCGCCCUGAACGCAUGUUUCCAUGACAAAUCUCUCCUCGAGGCGCUUCAGCUGCAGGACGCGCUUUCGUUUGCAGACGCGAUUGAGAUCCCGACCAUCGAUCUGUCCAGCAUGUUGACGUUCGACUCAUUGGACCAGUUUGCACAAGCCAUCUUGUCGGCGGACCCGACGACGUUUGACGUUGGCGUCGAUGCGUCUCAACUCGUGCAAGUGCUCAAUUUGUACACGAAUGGCAACUCGCUGGCCGCCAACUUUCCGACUUUGAGCCGUGAUUGCAACCCCCAUGAUGGCCAGUAUUCGAUCGAGACCAUGGGCGUACCAUGGGAAGCAAAUGGGGAAGGCGCAACAAAUCAUGGAAUGUCCCCCGCCUCAUAUAUAGCGGCACGGUAUGCCCCGUAUCGAAGGGCUUGUGCGGCGACCGUGGUGACCACAUGUGCCCGCAACACACCCUGUUCAUAUGACCAGUUUGUCACCGAGUUGUUCACGAACACAAGCACCGUCCUAAGGAUCUCUUCGGACGCCGUGGCGUUUGUGUCGACCAUGCACGGCAGCAUGCAGCAGUUGCAAAACUACACGAGGACGUUCAAGAACAAUGUGACGGGGUUGGUGACAUCGUUGGACGCGGUGGGCCACACGUUGCAGACGUCGCUGGUCGCAGACGUGACGGCGUUCAAGGCAUCGAUGAAUUGCUCGUUUGUCGCCACCACCUACGGCAGUUUGCACCAGUCAUUGUGCAGUGACCUAACCCCCGCGAUGCUCAUGGUCGCGCUGUGCCUGGUGCUGUCUGGGAUUUGCAUGAUCCCGGUCAACAUUACCUUGAUUUUGCUCGUUAAGCGACUGCGUGCCGGUGCGCGAUUGUCGUCGGACGUCAGCCCAUCGAACAAACAAGACUGCGAAGUGCUCAAGUUUCCCCAAGGAGAUCGACUGAGUUGAGCAUGUGGGGUAGUACAUUUUAGGACUUUUAAUAGCCAACCACUCUUCAAAACGAC